CUUGGGUCCUAUUCGACUCCGCCCACUUUCCUGCUGCACAGCGCAGCGCCGCUUCUCAGUAGAAGCGCACCAGCUCCAUCAGUUCCCUCGGACCCAGCCCGGUCGCAAGUUCACUUGGAUACUUAUGGACGGAGACUUCCAUUUGGAUUUACUUUUCUAAGGGAUGGUUCAUUGUAACCCGCAGAACAGAGUGCAGCUGGAACUGGACCUAUUCCUGAUCAGUGGCGUGAGCCAAAGCCUAAAGAAGUCAGUGGAACCAGGCGACUUGACCGCAUGAAGUCCUGCUUCCAGGAAUACAACUGCACAGUGUUCUCCUCAAUUUGUGACAGCUUAAUGUGGCCUGCUAUGAAUAACAACAAUGGACUGAGACUGGGACUGAACCUGACUCACACUUGACAGAGUCCAAAUUUCUCAGCCCUCAGCUUCAAUUGGACCAUUCGAUCGUGACAUAAACGCCAUUUUAUUACAUUGUUAAACCAUCCAUCUGCAAGCAUGAAUCUCCAGGAGAAACUCUCUGGCCUCAAAGGUCUUGUCACACACUCGCAGGGCAAACGGCGUCACAAAACGGACCUGACCGUGGACAUGAUCAGCCCUCCCUUAGGCGACUUCCGCCACACCAUGCACGUAGGCAGAGGUGGCGAUGUGUUUGGAGACACCUCCUUCCUUAGCAACCACGGUGGGCCUGCCAACGGAAACAAUGGGGAGACUGAUUCCAUUUCCACUCCUGACAGCAGGCUGGGCUCCUUCUUCUCCAGGACACUUCGACAAAUCAGGAGGAGUUCUGACAACCGACCAAGAGAGGCAUCCAAGGAUCUGUCACCCCCGCCGCCUGCCAUUUCUCCCAUCAUCAAGAACGCCAUCUCCCUGCCAAGGCUGGAUGUGGAUCUGCCCAAUGGGAGUCCCACCACCAAAGUGCUCUUCCCCAGUGCUCAGAACUCACCAGAGGAGAGGAAAAGCUCAUAUGGUCUGGACUCUGGAUUCGUCACUCUACCCCGUCUGUCCCGCUCCGAGCGCCAGCAGCCCUCCAUCUCCUUCCCCACAUCCUGCUCCCCGAACGUCCAUCGUGGCUCGCUCACCGACCCAUCUGAUGUCAUCCUGCCCUCCUACUCCACCUCCGUCCUGACCUCGGUGAUGAAACCCAGCAGCACUGCCGCCUAUUCUGACUCCCUUCCCUCCCUCACCUCCCUGGACACCUUCACCUUCGACCUAGGGCCGUCUCUCAUGAGCGAGGUUCUAGGCCUGCUGUCCUGCGACUCCGAGGAGCAUGCUCACUCCUGGGAAAGGGAAGAGGAGGGGUCAGCGACCAACGAUGGAUCAGAGAUGGACUCCGCUACCAUCUCAUAUGUGGAUUCUCUCCUGAGGGAGGAGUGUGGGAGUGGGAAAAGCCCAUCUGGCGCCGAGUGGGACGAGCAAGUGCAUGUGAGUGGAGAAGUGACUGGUUCUCCGGAGCGAGUGAGGAUGGAAAGCGAGCGUUUCCAGAACGCCUCAGACGUGCUCGCUCGCCAUUACGGCGUCGGCAGUCUCGUGAAGGAAAAAACCAAAGUGGGGGAUUCAGAAACGAUGAUGAUCAGCCCGGCGAGGAAGAAGACCUCCUACAGUUACCUGGAUGAUGAUGACGAGAUUAAAGUCUAGGACGACGUGUCGCCUUUCCACUUCCAUUCCAUUUUUGAUCAAGACUGGCUCUUGAAACACACUAACUGCAACGUGACGCUGGCUGAAGUAUCCAGCACUGGGACGCUGUCAGGAUAUCAGCGGCACACUUUGUUAUGAAUGUAUAUGGAGUGAGAGAAAGACUGUUUGGUAUGAGAUGAAUCAUUGGGUAACUAGACAUAAGAAAAUGGGGAACACUAAUAACAUCGCUACGACAAUCCUAUGUAUUUCGCAAUGACGUUUUGACGCACUCUGAAUGACCUCAUAGUCAGCUACUAAAGUUAUCCUGUAUAACUCAAUUGCUUUCUCAUUUAAAUCAACAAGUGUGAAGAGGAGUAUUGUGCCAUAGAUGUUCAGUCUUAGGUUGAGGUUGGUUCCUUAAAAUAUACCUAUCUAUCACUGAGUUCAUCGGGACUUGGGGACCGAAGACUAGAUGCACCGGGUGAUGCAGUAAUUGUGGGUGAAGAUAGGGACAUUUUCUAACUUAUUGAUGAACCACUGAGAACUGGAAAAUAAUUGAAGAUAAACAACCAAAAAAUGGCAGGCUAUCACAUGGACAUAUCGUAAGUCUUUGGACCACAUUGCAGUACUUGGACUCACACUGUGUUUCACAAAAAAAGACAAAAAAAAACCCACACAUAACGCAUAAAAAUGAAGUCACACAGUAAAACCUGGAGGCGUAUAUAUUGUAUAACUAAAAAAAAAACAUACUAUUACCAUCAAAUAUACAAGAUAAUCACAUUCGCUUCACUCUCGGUUUGGAACAAACACGUCCUCGUGACCUCUGUGUUCAAAAUACAUGGCAGUCCGCUGCUCUAGACAGAUUGUACAGAUGGUCAUUCACUAAACUCAGGAAGCCUACGUGAAAAGGGAGACAAGGCCGAGACAGCUCAGCGUUUCAGUCGCAACAGCAACUAUGGGACAACAAACCAAUCAAUUGUGUCACGACGCACCUUUUUAUUUGAGUGACUGCCUUUUGUCACCAUUGACAUGUACCGGUUUUUAUACAUCAAGAUGUCAGCUGACCUCGCUUAGUUAUAUACAUAUAUAGAUAUAUGUACACACACACACAUAUGUUUAACCAACCUCAGUAAGCUGCAGUUCACGCCCAGUAGCCAAUGCUAUGUUGUUAUGCAAUAACAAUAAAGAUGCUUCUACUUAG